UCGCAUGCAAUGUUUGAGUCGUUGCUUCCACGUGAGUACAACUCCGUGGCAUGGGGUUCAUUGUUCGCAAGCUCCUUUCCACCCCUCCCUUCGUGGAGAUAACCCCAUCGACACCUAGGGCUACAUGCAAGGCAGCGUUCGCCAACCGAAUGUCCCAGUUUCGUCCUUCGUGAGCACUGGAUAUGGCGUUGCAGGGGGGCAGGCCCGAGGGAGCCUCCAACAUGGUGGCAUGCAGCAAGUCCAGGCGCCUCGUCCUUCACAGUUCCGAUUGGCCAUGCCAUCACCGUUUUUGUCAGCAAGUAUGCAGUCGUGUGUCACCAGCUCUGACGUUGAACAACGACCAUCUGCUCCUCGAGCGUCUAGCGGCAUUGCAGGUGCAGUUGUGGCGCAGAUGGAAAUGUCAUCCACUCCCGUUCCACCCAUGAGCAUUUCUAAUGCACCGUCGUCACCCCCGACAUUUCCAACUGCUUCGAGAUCGGAGGAGGAGCCCUCUACGAUAACGGAUGGUCCUGCGUGCGAGGCCGACGCAGGGAAAACUCCGAACAAGCCAUCAAAGAAGGCGUCUCGGCCAUGGUUCCCGAAUGAGCAAGUGGCUUUGGCAAGGUUGUUUGGUGAAGACGACGCGCUAUGUGCCUCUGCUUCGGGUCCCCACAAGUGUAUGGAGCGGCAGGACCAGUUGGAGUGGAUAUCCAAGAAGAUGAGGGAGGAGGGGUACAAACGCAGUAGUGAAGACGGCAGGAAAAAAUUGACAUCUUUGAUGAAGAAAGUGAAGGAGAUCAAUGACAAAUGUGGGAGAUCAGGCGGUGAGAGCUAUUGGGAGAUGACGAAAGAGAAGCGACGGGAAGCCAGUGUCUACCCUGCCUUCGACAAGGUGCUUUGGGAUGCUAUGGCUUGGGUAAUGACGAAACCGUCGAUGACAUAUGAUAACACCUUGUCUUCUGACAACAUGCACUUACCGAAUGACGACUUGGCAUCUGGAAGGACCGGGGGUGGUGAAGGUAGCUCAUCGGGCGGCGCCAAAAGGGGGAGGACUGCUCGGGAUGCGUUGGAGGGAUCGAACAGCGACAUGCGAGCGAAGAGAAGUGUGUCGGGCAGGUAGAGAGAGAGAGAGAGAGAUGGGACUGAUGAAUCAACCCAGUCUCUCUCCACAACUAUGCGGGAGUCG